CACUGCCCGCGGACUUCUUUAAAUUUUGCAGAUUGCAGACGUAUUAUUAAAAUAUUAAAUAUUAAAUAUUAAACUUUCCAAAUGGAUGAUUUUGAUGAGUUGGAAAGCCAGGACAAGCAGGCAGGGUCGCCGCCCUGCUGCAGUGCAUCGAUCAUCCAAAGCGGCGAGCAGAAUUCGGAUGAAGUCAGCAAUUCAUGUGCCCAUGUAAUUGGUGAUCUUUCAGAGAUGGAAAGCCAGGACAAGCGCGCAGAGUCGCCGCCCUGCUGCAGUGCAUCGAUCAUCAAAAGCGAGAUGAACGAUGAAAUGGUAACAUUUUGUAACUCCCCUGUAUAUCCAAUGGAGGGAUCCUCGGAUGACGAGCAGAAUUCGGAUGAAGUCAGCCAUCAACAGCAGACCGAAGUCGCUGACCAGAAAACUGGCCUAUCCAGCGAAUAUGCAGACGACAGGGACGCAAUAUUCGUAAGCGAACAGGAAUAUUUGGAGAAAAAGGCCCAAAUCGAUGCAAUGGUCCAAAGAGUUCUGGCUUUGGAGCAGCGUCAGCGAGAGUUUGAGGCAAGUUCCGCCGUCAAUAGUGAUGAGCUGCAAUGCGUGAAAAUGCAGUUGGAAAAGUUGAACGCUACUCUGAACUCAUUGGGAGAGUUCCUGGACACGUUGCGUAUACAGACGAAUGAUCAGCCAAUCACGAUAAAGGUGGAGAACGAGGAGAUAGAACAGCCUCGCUGGUCCAGCCUCUAUUCCGGACUGAACCGCCAUCGCCAGACCAACCACACAUCGGCCGAGUUCUACGCCUACAAAAGCAACAUUAUCAACAGCUUGAAGACCAUUUAUGAGCCCAUUGGGCCAACGACCACUGCCGACGACCUGCAGGAACAGCCUGCCGAUUUGAUGGUCCGUUUACUGCGACACCAAUCCGAUGGCCUCAGAUGGAUGCAGUUCCGUGAGCGACAAAAGAUAUGCGGCGGCAUCCUGGGUGACGACAUGGGACUCGGGAAAACUUUAAGCAUGAUCGCUUUGGUCUUGGCUUCAGAGCAAACUAAGCUGAAAAAGCAAGGAGACAGAAAGCGAGCGUUGGAAGCCAAGUGGGCCGAUGAGUUCCAACGACUUAAAGUUAAAAAACUUCCCAAGUUCCGCAUCUUCGAUGAUGAAUCCGAGGAAGAGGAAGAGGAAAAGUACGAGCCGCCACCGCCAAAACGAGAAUGCUUCAGUCCCGAACCGGAGAUCUCCGAGUCGGAUGACGAAGUCUGCGUGGGGACCACUCGUUAUCAAAAGGCUGCCACACUGGUGGUUUGCCCCAUGAGCGUGAUGUGCCAAUGGGUACAUGAGGUAGCUACCAAGGUGGCACCGAACGUCUUGAAGGUUUUGACCUUCCACGGUCCCAAUCGCCACGACCUUGGGAUCGACCAAAUAAGAAGCUACGAUAUGGUGGUUACCUCCUACCAUACGGUAGUGAGUGAAUACAAAAGGUACGGAAGUGCCUCUGCCCUGUUCGCACUUCACUGGAAGCGGGUGAUCCUCGAUGAGGCUCACAUUAUAAGAAAUGUGAAAACCAACGGCUGCAUUUCCGUUUGCCAUCUGAAAGCACGUUGCCGUUGGGCCUUGACUGGUACUCCUGUCCAGAAUAGGGCCAUCGAUGUAUUCGCUUUGAUGCAAUUCUUGGGCGUGCCAAAUUUUCGAGAUAUCCUGCAAUGGCGAAAGUAUUUGAAUGAAGGCAUGAAAGGCCACCGCAGGCUAAACUUCUUCAUCAAACCCCUUAUGUUGCGCAGAACAAAGCAGCAGCUCCAGGCUAGUGGCGACAUGCCUGCACUGCCUCCCCUGCAUACCGAGGUGGUGUGCGUGAAGCUCUCCGAGCCAGAAAUGGCCGUGUAUCAAAUCCUGUCUGCUCUAUCGCAAAGGAUAUUUGCGCAGUUCCUGCAGCAACGCGAGAAGGGCAAUAGCGAUUUGAACUAUUACGCGUUGAAGAAGACACCGCAGUUCAUCAAGAAAACGUUUGACGCCAAAUAUGCAGAUAUCUACAAUAGAUUUCUGCGAUCUCUUGGCUACAAUCCCAGGGCAAAAAUUAAGGGCGUGGUCAUCCUGGUUCUGCUGUUGCGCUUGCGACAGUUUUGCUGCCAUCCGGGAUUAAUGCUGGGGAUGUUGUGUGGUUCAAUGACCGCAGAAGAUGUGCAGAACGUGAAGGUCGAUGUCGAAGAUGUAGACGGGCCCUUGAAAAUGGAUGUCCUCGCCGAAUUGGAAAAGUAUCAACCGAGUCAACCUGAUGGCGAAGACGAUGACAUGGAUGAUGGAGAACGUCAACCAAAAAUAGUAAAAUUCAAACUGGAAGACUUAAAAGUAGAGAAGACGGAGCCAGAGGAAGAGAAAAAUUGGUGGGAAAAUAAUGAGGGUCCUUCCUCGGGCCACUAUUCGGCUGAUCCAUUGGAUGGAGCCCGGGCUCUCAAGCUGCUUAAUCCCCAGAAUCCCAUAUUCGAAUUCGAGCGGCCCUCCGCCAAACUAAAGCUGAUUAUCGAGAAAAUUCAGGAAAUACUCACCAGCACCCAUGAUAAAAUCAUCGUCGUUUCACAAUGGGUCACCUUUUUGGCGAUCAUUCGAAAGCGUUUGUAUGAUAUGUCCUGGGAGACGCUCGACUUCACAGGUCAGAUGAACGCCAAAGAACGCGAGGAGGUUCUUAGCGAUUUCAACGUGGUCACCAACGAUAAGCGGAUUCUGUUACUUUCCCUCGCCGCUGGCGGCGUGGGAUUAAAUCUGAACGUGGCGAAUCAUUUGCUGUUGAUCGACCUACAUUGGAAUCCACAGCUUGAGCGGCAGGCCCAGGAUCGUAUUUACCGAUACGGUCAGAAGAAACCCACCUUUAUCUACCGCUUUAUGUGCGUGGACACGGUGGAGCAGCGCAUUAAGGCUCUCCAGGAAUAUAAGCUGGAGAUCGCGAAAGUUGUUUUGCUUGAGGAACAAGGUGGAGUGUCGUCGCGAGGUGGCGGUGGUCUGAACAUCAAAGAGCUGAAGCAAUUGUUUUCGAUGUGAACGAACGAUCAUCGUUUAUCGUUUUGUUAAGUUUUUUGUUAAGUUAAUACAAUCGUUGUGUUCCUUUCAAAUGUAUCAUUUAAUCAAAAUUAAAAAAGACAAUUGAAGUAAAUACAUUUUUGUUUAUACAUUGAGUGCCUUAACAACUAGGGAAUGAUUAAGAUAACAAAGAUAUAUGAAAGUAUGGACAGAUAUUUAUAUAAUGAGUUAUUUCCAGCCUAGCUUUCGAGCAAACAUAAAUUAAAAUAGCUUCAGCUAACCAAGAGAAUCUCUGAAAGAAGUCGUUUCAAACAG